UCUCUUUCUCUAUUCUCCAACGUAUACUUGGCUGUUCUUUGAGGCCAGGUAUUGCAACGAUGGCCUCCGUCGAAGUGCCCCUGAGACCACGGCCGGCUGAGCCCGAGCAGAGUACUCUGCAGCUGGAAAAUACAGAGAAGCGUGAUGAGCUGAUUGCCUCCGAGAAGAAGUAUCAGAAACAAUGGGCCGAGGCUGGUGUCUUCAAACAAGAUGCGCCUACGGACGGUUCGCAGCGCCCGCCCAAGUUUUUCGGCACCAUGGCAUACCCGUACAUGAAUGGCACUUUGCAUGCCGGUCAUGCGUUUACCGCGUCGAAGAUUGAGUUCGCAACUGGGUUCGCUAGGAUGGAGGGCAAGCGGGCCUUGUUCCCGCAGGGUUUCCACUGCUCCGGCAUGCCCAUCAAGGCCUGUGCGGAUAAGCUCGCCCGCGAGGUGGAACUGUUUGGCCAGAACUUCGAGCGGUAUGUGGAGGAGACCGGGGACGACGAGGAGGAGGAACCGGCUGCCCCGGCGGCCUCCAAGGAUGGCAAGACGGAUCUGGGCAAGUUCAGCGGGAGCAAGAGCAAGGCCGCCGCCAAGACGAUCCAGACCAAGUACCAGUUCCAGAUCAUGUUGGCGCUGGGCGUGCCCGUGACGGAGAUCCACCAGUUCGCCGACCCGGCGCACUGGCUGGCGUACUUCCCCCCGCUGUGCCGGGACGAUCUGACCUCGUUCGGGGCCCGUGUCGACUGGCGGAGGUCCAUGGUCACCACCGACGCGAACCCCUUCUACGACGCCUUUGUUCGGUGGCAGAUGAACCGCCUGAACAACCUCGGCAAGAUCAAGUUCGGCAAGCGCUAUACAAUCUACAGCCCCAAGGAUGGCCAGGCCUGCCUCGACCAUGACCGCAGCUCCGGCGAAGGUGUCACCCCGCAGGAGUACACCUGUCUCAAGCUGCGCACGCUGGAGUGGUCGGAGCGCGCCAAGGAGGUGAUUGGAGACAAGCUGCCCGCCGACGCCAAGGUCUACUUCAUCCCCGCCACCCUGCGUCCGGAGACCAUGUACGGCCAGACCUGUUGUUUCGUCGGACCCAAGGUUGCCUAUUCCGUCUUCGAGGUUUCCGCCAGCAAGAAGGAGUACUUUGUCAUGUCCACCCGCGCGGCCCGGAACAUGGCCUUCCAGAACAUUUUCCCGGAAUGGGGCGUGUACCCGAAGGUGGUGGACUUUGUGGGAGCGGACUUGGUCGGCACCCGCGUCCAUGCCCCGCUCUCGGUCCACUCCGAAGGUGUCUAUAUCCUGCCCAUGGAGACCGUCAAGCCCACCAAGGGCACGGGUGUCGUCACCUGCGUUCCCUCGAACAGCCCCGAUGACUACGCCACCGUCCUGGAACUCACCAAGAAGGCCGACUACUACGGAAUCAAGAAGGAGUGGGUGGACAAGGAGAUUGUGCCGAUCAUCGACACCCCCAUGGGCGACCUGAGCGCCAAGGUCCUUUACGAGAAGCUCAAGAUCAACUCGCCCAAGGACGUGAAGCAACUGACCGAAGCCAAGGAGAUUGCGUACAAGACCGAUUUCUACCAGGGUACCAUGAAGUUUGGCCCUUUUGCCGGCACGCCCGUGCAAGACGCCAAGCCCCUGAUCACGGCCCAGCUGCUGGAAUCCGGCGACGCGUUCAAGUACGCCGAGCCCGAUGGGCAGGUCGUCAGUCGCUCGGGCGACGACUGUGUUGCCGCCUACCUGGACCAGUGGUACUUUGCGUACGGGACCGCGGAGAACGGUGGCGAUGGUGCGUGGUGCCAGCAGGUCCUGGAUCACGUCGAGGACGGGCUGAACACCUACUACGCGGAAGCCAAGCAUGCGUUCGAGAGCACGGUCGCCUGGCUCGCCCAGUGGGCCUGCACCCGCUCCUACGGCCUGGGUACCAAGCUGCCCUGGGAUCCCACCCAGCUGGUGGAGUCGCUGUCGGACAGCACCGUCUACAUGGCCUACUACACCAUCUGCCACUACCUGCACAGCGACAUCUUCGGCAAGCAGCCCGGCCAGUCGAGCAAGCCGAUCUUGGCGGAGCAGAUGACGGAUGACGUGUGGGACUACAUCUUCCACCGCUCCGAGUCCGUGCAGACCGACAUUCUCCCCGAGGAUCUGGCUGCCAUGCGCAACGAGUUUGCGUACUGGUAUCCGCUGGAUCUGCGGGUUUCGGGCAAGGACCUGAUCAACAACCAUCUCACCUUUGCGCUCUAUCACCAUGUGGCGCUGUUCCCCGAGAACUUCUGGCCGCAGGGAUUCCGCGUCAACGGCCAUCUGAUGCUGAACGGCAAGAAGAUGAGCAAGAGCACGGGCAACUUCCUGACCCUCCGCCAGGCGAUCGAGAAGUUCGGCGCCGACGCGACCCGCCUGGCGCUGGCGGAUUCCGGCGACGGGAUCGAGGAUGCCAACCUGGAGGAGAGUUCGGCCAACGCAGCCAUUCUCCGCCUGUACGAGCUGAAGAAGUGGGCCAAGGAGACCCUGGAGGAUUCGACCCUGCGGGACGGCGAGCUCUCCUUCUUCGACCGGCUGUUCGAGAACGACCUGAACACCCUGGUGAUCGAGACGCGCAAGCUCUACGAAGCCACCAUGUACAAGCUGGCGCUCAAGACCGGCUUCUUCGACCUCAUGUCCUCGCGCGACUGGUACCGCGAGAACUGCCGCGCUGCGGGCGUGGGGAUCCACAAGAAGCUGGCCCGCCGCUACGUCGAGCUGCAGGCCCUGCUCCUCACCCCGAUCGCCCCUCACUGGGCCGAUUCCGUCUGGCAGGAGAUCCUGGGCCACCCGACCACCAUCCAGAACGCCCUGUACCCGACCGUCCCGGCUCCCGACGCCGUCCUGGCCGCCGCAACCGCCUACGUCAAGGACACGGCCAGCUCCAUCCUGCAGGCGGAGGCGAACCAGAUGAAGAAGCUCGCCAAGGGCAAGCAGACGACCUUCGACCCCAACGCGGGCAAGAAGCUGACCGUCUUCGUGGCGGCGGCCUUUCCGGAAUGGCAGCAGCGGUACCGCGGUAUCGUGCAGGAGGAGUUCACCGCCAAGGGAGGCGAUCUGGACGUCAAGGCCCUGGCGGCCAAGAUCGCCAAGCCCGAGAUGAAAAAGGCCAUGCCCUUCAUCCACACGCUCAAGAAGCGGCUGGACUCGGGCGAGGCCCCCGACCGCGUCUUCGCGGAGAAGCUGCAGUUCGACGAGGUCCUGGCCUUGCAGGAGAUGACCCCGGGCUUGAAAUCGACGAUCCGGAAACUCGAGGCUGUCGAGAUCGUUCGCGUCAAGGAGGGCGACGAGACCGGUGAGCUCGUCGGCUCCGCUGAGAGGAUACCCCUCCCCUCUAUGGCUUCGGGGGCCGUCCCGGGCAAUCCGGCCUUUCACUUUACGAAUGUUUAG